UUUGUUUCCGGUUGCGUCUCUUAUGUGAAACACACACUCAGCUGCAGUCAAGUUUAGCAGCUCAAGUCUGCUGCUAACGACGAGUUUGGAUUUACACACGUUAAUAAGCCCCUAAAUUUGACUGCGUGUGUAAAAAAGAAGAUAACGUGUACUUGGCGAUGUAAACAAACUAAGGUUAGUCUGAGAAGAAUCGCUUCUGGCAAGAGAGAAAUGUCUGGAUGAAGAGGAGAGAGAGAGUUUAUCGCCACUAAACUGCAGGUUUCUGUAAUGACUGGUUAAUGUGUGUACAAUGGAGUCGAAGGCACAGGUUUUAUAUGAUUUUGCGGCAGAGCCGGGGAAUAAUGAGUUGUCGGUUCACGAGGGUGAGACAAUCAUAAUAACCAAUCAGAACAUUGGUGGAGGAUGGAUCGAGGCAAGAAACUCCAGAGGAGAAGUCGGAUUGGUACCAGAGGACUAUAUAGAGAUUAACCAGGCUCAGCCUUUAACCUCUGGAGGAAAUGCAGCCCCUCUCGAUCUCUCAUUUUUCGACAGUCACGUGCCGACCCCAGCCAGCACUGCACAGGUGGAUGUAGCUCAACCGGAAAGCCCAGUCACCCCAGUUACCCCAGGCUUCACCUCUACCUCACCUGAUGAGACAAGUAACGGAAAUGACCCGUGGGCAGUGUUUGACAAUAAUGCCUCUGGGGGGUUUUCUAAUAACUGGGCAGCUCAGCCAGAGGGCACAGAGACGGGGAAAACCAGCAACAACAAUGCAUGGCAAUCUGGGGGACAUGGGCAUCCACAGGCCUACCAGGGUCCAGACAUUUACCCUUACCCGUGUCUUGAUCUCUCAGGUGCAGAAGAUGAUGAGUGGGACGAGGAGUGGGAUGACAUGAAGUCAUCAGGCGGCUAUGCUGAGUCUGAGGCUGGAGAGGGCGGAGCUAUGAAUAGAGGCGGAGCUCACGGUUCAUCUAUGAAAAUUGCUCUCAAUAAGUUUCCAGGCUUCUCCAAAUCCGGCCCUGAAUUGUACCUGCUGUCCAAACAGCAAACCAAAGGAAACAAGUUGUCUGUUUAUAGCGGUGAAGUCGGGCCAGUUUGGGCGUAUCCAGACUAUCAACUAGACUGUGUUGUCGCUGACCCUAAAAAGGGCUCCAAAAUGUAUGGCCUCAAGAGUUACAUUGAGUACCAAGUCAUGCCUACCACCACAAACAAGCCUGUCAAUCACAGAUACAAGCACUUCGAUUGGUUAUAUGAAAGACUUUUGGAUAAAUUUGGGUCAGCGAUUCCAAUCCCCUGCCUGCCUGAUAAACAGGUGACAGGUCGAUUUGAGGAGGAGUUUAUAAAAAUGCGAAUGGAGAGGCUUCAGGGUUGGAUGUCUCGAAUGUGCCGACAUCCGGUGAUCUCUAGCAGUGAAGUCUUCCAGCUCUUUCUGUCCUACAAAGAUGAGAAGGACUGGAAAACUGGAAAGAGAAAAGCAGAAAAAGAUGAGACCGUCGGAGUAAUGAUUUUCUCAACAAUAGAACCUGAAGGGCUGCCAGACAUGGACCUGAUUGAAGUAGAGCAGAAGUGUGAGCAGUUCAGCCGCUUUACCAAGGCAAUGGACGACGGUGUGAAAGACUUGCUGACUGUAGGAAAUGAACACUGGAAGCGCUGCACAGGCCCACUUCCAAAGGAAUAUCAGCGGAUUGGCAAAGCUUUCCAGAACCUGUCCUCAGUGUUCACCACAAGUGGAUAUGAAGGAGAAGGAACGCUCACCGAUGCAAUGACUGCAGCAGGAAAAACCUAUGAAGAGAUCGCUCAGAUGGUUGCAGAGCAGCCAAAGAAAGACCUUCAUUUCCUGAUGGAAACGAACAAUGAGUACAAAGGUCUGCUGGGAUGCUUUCCUGACACUAUUGGAGUUCACAAGGCUGCUAUAGAGAAGGUAAAGGAAGGAGAUAAACUGGUGACCGCUGGUAAAAUCACCUCCUCAGACAAGACCACCAUGGGCAAACGUGCCAGCACCAUGUCAUACGCUCUACAAGCCGAAAUGAACCACUUCCACAACAAUCGCAUCUAUGACUACAACAGAGUGAUGCAGCAGUAUCUGGAGGAGCAAGUCAAAUUCUACGAGAUGAUUGCUGAGAAGCUGCGGCAAGCUCACAGUCAGUUCACGACUAUGUAACGUCCGUCCAGAAGCUGCCUCAUUUCUCUCUUCCUCUUACAUGAUUAUUCACUCUCUUUCUAUUCCUGUUAUCUGUGUCAUGAUGUCAGUGCCAUACAAAUACCAGGCCAAAGAUAAACCAGUGUCCUGUGUGCAGACUGGCCCAGCUCCGGUGUUUUAAAAACAAAAAGCAGCUACAGAUUGUCUAAAAAAAGUUAAUAAAUCUGAUUAUAAGAGGGCUAUAAUUAUUAUAAUCAUCAAGGUGUUGAUUUAGAUGAUCCGCAUCUGUUAUUAAGACCCUCUCACUUAUGUAGGACUUUUAUAUAAUGAUCUAAACAUAUAGCGGAUUGUUUGAACUCAUUGGCCAGCAGAGUUUCAUUGUGCCUUCUUUUGUAUAGAGCCUGCAAAACAACAACAUGCUUUUUUAUCCCGUGCACUUUACUGUGGCCUUUCAGAUGCAUCAUUCUGUUUGUAUUUGGCAACCGCAGUGUCCUUCAUCAGAGGGUUUUGCGGAUGAAACAGGAGGGCUGGUCCUUUUUCCCCCCAGAAGAGACAUUCAGAUGUUAUUUUUCUCGCUCCCCAAAGCCAGAUUACAGACAUGCUUCCACCUCAGUGCAAUUAUCACCAAUUUCUUAUCCUGUAAAAGUGAAUUAUACGUAUAGAUGCAUGUUUUCCAGUUGUUCGUAUAUAUAUAUUUUUUAUGUAAAGCAGUGUUUGCAAGUUUUUUGCACACAGAAUGACAAAUACGAUUGAGAUUAUGAUUUAAUAAAUACUGAUUUGUAUACCAUGCAA